UUUUCAUUGGAUAGAAUUGUAAAACAGAUGAAACAUGGCGGAGAUCAGUACAAGACAGAAAUUACUUUCACUUAUAGAAGAUGUUGAGCUUAUUUCUAAAGAGCUCUUUGAAGUUUCUGCUACACCCAAAAGUCAACAGAAACCUGAUGCAAUGGACUCCAUGACAUUGGUGGAACUGGUCACGAUGAAAGAUAAAGAAAUUAAGGAAACUUUAAAACUAGCUGCUGAACAAGCAGAAAUACAGAAAACUAUAGAAGAGCUGAGGGCAGUGGUUGAUAGAAGAGAUGCGGAAAUCAAACACUUACAAAAGAAUCUCAAGGAGGCAGAGACAAUACUGUCUACAGCAAUAUAUCAAGCCAAACAGAAACUGACAGCAAUCAAUCAAGCGAACAACAGAAAGAUUUCCUCCGAGGAGCUCAUUAAGUUCGCUCAUCGAAUCAGUGCCAGUAAUGCUGUAGCUUCACCGCCUACGUGGGCUCCAGGUGAUCCCAGAAGACCUUAUCCCACAGAUUUUGAAAUGAGACUUGGGAAAGUGGACCUUCCUUUAAACACCCCUUUGUUACAAUCACAAGGCUCGUACGGGGAACCCAUGUCUAGUAACAGAAGCUCCACCCAAGAUGGUGCUCCCACUUCCUCUGCGUCUGGCUGGCAUUCAUCGUCGGAAUCUAUGCUAGGGGCCAGCGGGACAAGUCACAUUCUGGAUAUGAAAGGACAUAAAACAGAGACAGAUGACGUGGAAUUUAUAACUAGUGGUGACUCGUCAAGUAGUAGUUUAUCUAGUGAUGAAUAAAAACUGUACACAAUUUU